CUCUCUCUCUCUCUCUUUCUCCCCCCAAAAUGAAGUCCCUCAUGGAAUUCGUGACCUGCUGUGGGUCUGCCCCCAGUCGGCCGGACCCACUGCGAGCGGAGGAGACGCAGUUCCUCGUGCUUCCCUCGUCACGGAAACGGCCUGCCCGGGGCCGUUAUCAGAACCGGAAGCGAGGCAGCUCGGGGACGUCAGCCGAUUGGCGGCCCUCGCUGGGAGCGCUUUCGGAGGACAAUGUGGUGCCGGAGUCAGAGAGAGAAAGGUGGAGGAGUAUGAACGCUGGAUCUGAGAGAAUGCUGAAGAGAAAGGUGUCGUCGUCGUCGUCGUCCGCCACCACUGCUGCCGGAGUUUCUGUCCUUAAUUACAGUAGCGACAAUUCCGGGAGAAGUUGCUUUCCGAUAAUCAUGUCAUCGUUCCCAGCAGCACCAUUCAUGUUUUGAGGGGAGGCAAUGUUACGUGGAAUGGAUUUUUUAUUCUCUUUUCAAUCAUCAACAUCUCUACGGUAUGUUUUUGGUUUUAACAAGCGUACGAGCACGAAAUAAUUUUCUCGUAUAAUUCUCUUGAUUAAGUUUGUAUUUCUCCAAACGUCGUCGCUUUACUCCCUAAAAACAUAAACAUGAGCUAGUCGGCGGGUGUGUGCCGGAUACCUCUCUGAUGCCUAAGUCAGCAAAUGGACAAUAGACAAAAGCUCUGUAUA